AUGAUGAGCGCUACCUCCUUUCUGAAUCACUCGGCCGCCCGGCCGCCGCGGUAUCGCACUCCUUCACCUCCGCGACGCGCCGUCGAACCAAUUUCGCCAUGUACGACCUCCGACGCCCGCGUCUCGUGGGUUGGCCGCGCCCUACCCAAAGCUGCGAGCUCCGACGGCGAUCGGUUUCCUUCGCACAAUGGUGGGUAUGCCACGGCUGCCGACGUCGGACAUCAUCGGUCGAGCCAUGGUCGAUCGAGCUCGACCAUCGACACCCUUGCGACGAUUGCUCUCGCGACGAGCCCCCCUUUCGCUCCCAUCUCCUAUCGACCCCCCUCCCAAAACUCCGCUCCCUCUAUGCCGCUGUUCCCCCCGGAGCCCACCGAAGCGGACGAACGCCCGGCCAAACGCCCGCGGUCGGAGAAAGAUCCUUCGCCGCUUCAUCCACUCCGGAAUAAUUCGAUACCCGACCCAAACACUCCCUCCACAUUUGAUAGCAUGAAGACGGAUGCGGAACUUCUUCUGAAUUUCGCAAGGCCUUCGAACUUCUACUUUCCCGCGUCAAAACGCGUUAGCAUCGACGAAUCGUAUCCCCCCCAUGGGCACGACGCAAAUCCCCAGCCCUCAAUCGGGUUUGGUGCUGCGGUUCUGGAGCCGAAGCAUGAGGAUUCUGCAUACAGCAUUUCUGCCUCGAAUAAUCCACCGCCGUCGCGCAUGAGGUCACGGUCUGACGGCUCGGCCGUCGCUUCUCGGCCAGUCCACCAUGGUGUGCGGCCGAGCACAAGUGCCUCCACACUACCGCCUUUCAUGCCGGAAGGGGAUGGUGGGGGAAGGCACUGGGCUUCGGCUACCAAGGAAACCUUGGACGAUGCACAACUGGGCUCGGGGAGUUCUGGUGCGAUGGGAGCUCAUAUUGCCCAAUUCCCGAUCAGCCUAUCCUCCAAACUGGAGGACGACACAGAAUCCGAGGACACUAGCCAGGCAACCUGCGCUGCUUGCAAUCUCGUACGGAUCCCGGUUGAUACGGGCGAGUAUGGCGACGUUACCUGGAUUAGCUGCGAUGGUUGCAAGCGAUGGUUCCACAUAGUCUGUGCGGGAUUCAAAAACGACCGUGAGAUCCGAACCGUCGACAAAUUCAUUUGCCGCGAAUGCCGACCAGUCUAUGGACAUACGACCUUUGUUCGCAAGUCGUCUCGCGCCCGCACCGCCAUCGAUUAUGCGGGGCUCAACCAGGGGCUUGUCAAAACAGCCACGGACUCGGUAGAACAUCACUACUUGGAACCUAUACGCCAAGGCAGAAUCCAAUUCCUUCCCGAAAGCUUUCCGCGAAUGCGCCCAGAACUUGUCACAGCCGAAUAUUUUGAACGAGGCAGUGGAAUGACGGAACCGAUUGUCAUCCCUGCCCAUAUGAACUCCCGGGUACCGAUCUCCGCCGCCGGUCCGGAAUUUGAUGUGUUGGUCCAGGAAGCCCCUACGCAGGAGAUGUUCGACGAGUUGCUGGACCAUGUCCCCGACGAAGACCAGGACUUCGAGCACGUGCUGGAUUGUGGCCAGGAUCAGCUGGACAUGGUGAUCCCCCAGGGCCUCACGACCAGGACCGUGGCCGAACUCUAUGGCCCCGAGGAACGAGUGGAAGUCAUCGAUGUUAAGUCUCAACAAGGGGAGGAUAAAAGGUGGACCAUGCAGAAAUGGGCCGACUACUACGAAAGCUCCGGAUCGAAGAUUGUUCGCAACGUUAUCAGUCUGGAGGUGUCACAAAGCAAGCUGGGUAGGCUGAUUCGCCGGCCCAAGAUCGUUCGCGAUCUUGACUUGCAGGAUUCCGUCUGGCCAGAUGAGCUCAAGGCUGUUGGCGAUUACCCCAAAGUGCAGUUUUACUGCCUUAUGUCCGUCGCCAACUGCUAUACCGACUUCCACGUUGAUUUUGGUGGCUCCUCGGUUUACUACCACAUUCUAAAGGGCAAAAAGACUUUUUUCUUCAUCCCACCCAAAGAUAAACACCUCAAGAAGUAUGAAGAAUGGUGUAACUCGCCUGCUCAGGAAUCUACUUUCCUUGGCGACCAAACCAAGGAGUGCUACCGCGUUGAUCUUUCCGAGGGCGACACCAUGUUGAUUCCCUCCGGAUGGAUUCAUGCCGUGUGGACUCCCGAGGACAGUCUAGUAAUCGGCGGCAACUUCUUGACGAGGCUGAACUACGGAAUGCAGAUUAAGAUCGCCAAAAUCGAAAAGGACACCAAAGUCCCAAGGAAGUUUAGGUACCCGUUCUUCCAGAAAAUCCAAUGGUACACCGCGUUGAAGUACCUGGAGGACGAUCCGAUUCCUUGGGGUGUUCUAGAUGCCUUCGCCCAGGACGAAAACUACCGCUUCCAUAGGGACUAUCCCAUCUACUACGAAUUCGGCGAACGGGAAAACACGGCGCCCGUCGGGUCCCCCUAUCACAACUCACGCUUCUACUCCCAAGCGGAGUUGGAAGGUCUACUUGACCUUGCCAAGUAUCUGCUGCGGACGGCUCUGAUCGCAGGCUCGUAUAUCGUCGAGGGCGUGACGAUGGACGCAAGAAAUGCGAUCAAGCGAUCCAUACCUAAGGGGGCAGGAGACCCCGUCGACACGGUCAGAAAAUUUGGCAUUUGGGUUGCUUGGAAGCGCGGGAAUGAAAAAGCGGCGCAAUGGACACGCCCCGGUGUCGUCGAAAGCAACGCUAAACUCAGCCUAACGGAGAAAAAGCCCGCCGGGCGCCCCAGCCGUCGCUCUGAGCGCAACGUGGACAGCCAGCGCAUGUACACCGAAAGACAGGCAGUGCAGCGACUUCCGGAGCAGUCCCGUGAGCUCGAGAAUGGAUUCGUUAGCAAUGGUGGUUCGAUCUCAUCCAACAACGGCGUUUCUGGGUCGGUCCACCUCUCUUUGGGCAGCUUCGCGAAAGAGGAGUCUACUCCCAAGCCCCGAACCGUGCCUCGUGGGUCUGGGUUAGGUCCGAAGCGGGUUGCUUGUGAUGCUUGCCGCAAACGACGGAUCCGGUGUCACCAUAAGGAUGAUCAUGGCGAUAUGGUUUCCACAAAGCAAAUAAUGGUUGGGGCGUUUGGUCCUUCAAGUCAAUCCUCUCUGGCCCAUGACGCUGCGUCUGCAUUGAACUCCCUAGCAGCCAUUGCUUCAGAGGCCGGCCUUCAGGACGGCCAUGGCAGGAAUCACGAUGGAUUCGAACCCACCGGAAAGUACAGCUCGGGGACUUUGGGAACGCCUCAUUCAGUUACGCAUAGGCUUAAUGAUAUGAGUCCCGACGGAUCAGGCCACGGAAAGAAGGGACGCAGCAAGGCCUGUGAUGAUUGUCGAAAAAGCAAGCGCCGGUGCAUCCACGAUGAAUAUGGACGAAUCGACCCCGUCAAGGCGCAGGAGCGGUCGAAACCACGAGCCGCAGCAUCCGCCAAACGGCCAAGGCCCCACGACGAAAGUUUUGCUUCUACGACAAAUAAACGACCCAAGCAAGAAAGUACGUCUCCUGUGACGAGACCGGCGCACCUUGAUCGAGAGGACGAGGCUGCGGACACCCAAGUCUUCCAUCCGCCGGCGCAUGUUCCGAGACAUACUACCACUGAUCAUGUCACUCCGACGGGAUUCCCGCAUGCGAGCAAGACGCCCUUGCAGCCGCCGAGAAUGAUGUCGGCAGAAAAGGAAGCACGCAUAGGACAGACCUCGUACGCCUCACCACCGGCCUUCCAGACGGACCCAGUUAUUGCCAAAGAAGUCAAUGCAGAUUCCAUGUCGUCCAAACCCGCAGCUUCACUCGUUUCUCCACCAACCUCCCUAGCCGACGAGACCGACGUUCCCCACGAGCAUGCUGACGGGGAUGGCGAGCACACCGCAGUCCUUCACACUCCCACGUCCAGUUCUCGCCAUUCCUCCCGCCAACCUCGCCACGUUGACCGAUAUGUGCCUGAGGUCCAUAUCAUCAAAAACACCAAGUCGUCAGCCCACACCACCCCGGCUGCUCGACGCUCGUCUUUCGGUGCAUCGAGUGCCGGCACGCGAAAAACCACGCCCGGUCCGUCGUCGGGUUCAAAGAAAUCCUCAUCACGCCCCUCGUCAUCACACACGAAGAAAAACUUCUCUCCUGCAGCAGAAACGGGGCUCGACCAUUCUGUUCCCUCUCCUGACCCAGGCACCAAGAAUCCCAGACGCGAACGAGCAACUGUCGCUGACGAGGAACCGGAUGCCGAGAGCCUACGUCUCAUUCGUGAACUACAAGAGCAGGAAUUUGGCCUGCGGAAACGAGCCACGCGUGUGUGA